AUGGACAGCCAGCAGCAGAAUAACCAGCAGUAUUUCCGAUCGGAUAGCAGCGACUCCUCAGCAUGCAUGAUGGGGUCCGGAGCAGGGCACAAGGACGAGCCAGGCUCCGGGAAGAGGAGAAAGAAGCAUUGUAGCCCGGUGUGGAUCGCCAUGGCUGUGAUGUCCAUCCUGGCUCUGCAGAUCGCCUCUACCACGGGGCUCUUCGUAUAUUUUACCAUGUCGAUUUCCAAGUUAAAAGCCCAGACACAGGGGAGCUCAGAGGAGCUGAAGUGUUUGCAGCUGAUCAACAGAUUGCAGGAAGUCUCAGACUUGGAGGAACUGAUUGGCAACCAGUCCUGCCUCAAGCUGGCCAGCAGCAUCAAAUCCUACGUGACCAUGGUGACAGAGAACAUUAUCCACAGUAGCGCACUGAAGGAAGCCAGGAGGAGCUAUUUCAACAGCUCCAGUGGGCAGCUGGCUACAAGAGCACCUGGCAAGCCCUCUGCCCACCUCACCCUCCGGCAGCAGAGCCCUUCCCAGGACGGAAGCUCAGCACACUUUGGGGAGCUCUCCCAGUCCUGCCGACACCCCAUCACCAGGUGGGAGGACAAGACCAUGCACUCACAUCUCCAGAACAUCACCUACCAGGAUGGCAAGCUGCGGGUGAGCCAGGCGGGCAAGUACUACAUCUACUCACAGAUCUACUUCCGCUACCCCAGCGAGGGCGUCGCAGCCCGCGUCUCGGGGCACCAGCUGGUACAGUGCAUCAACCGCGAGACCUCCUAUGGGCAGCCCAUCCUGCUGCUCAAGGGCGUCGGCACCAAGUGCUGGGCACCCGAGGCAGACUAUGGCCUGCAUGCCCUCUACCAGGGCGGCCUCUUCGAGCUCAAGGCCGGCGACGAGCUUUUCGUCUCCGUCUCGUCCCUGGCCAUCGAUUACGACGAUACAGCGGCCAGUUAUUUCGGGGCCUUCCGGCUUGAACUGUGA